AUGACUUCUAAAGUAUUCAUUGUGACCGGCGCCAGCAAAGGCCUUGGCGCAGCCAUCGUCCAGCACCUUUUGGCGCAAUCACACAAGGUCGUCGUCACGGCACGGUCCGAAAGCCCGCUGCAGAAACUCAAAGAGGCGCAUCCUACCCACAUUGCUGAGAGGUUAACAGCACUUGCCGUCAACUCAUUUGGUAAACUCGACGGUGUGGUCAUCAACCAUGGAGUUUUGGAGCCCAAGAAGUUUGCAGACGAGUCGAUACAAGACACCAAGGCCUUCUACGAUGUCAACUUGUUUAGCUACAUUGCCAUGGCCAGAGCUAGUCUGAAAGAAGUCAAAAAGACCAAAGGCUGCAUUGUCUGGGUAUCCUCAGGCGCGGCUCUCAAGGCCUACCAAGCGUGGAGCACCUAUGGCUCUGCCAAGGCGGCAGUCAACUCUAUGGCCGCUCACCUUGCGGUGGAAGAGACCGACGUCACCAGCGUCAGCUUCGGGCCAGGCCGAGUCAACACUGACAUGCAGGCGGUCAUCAGAGAAAAGGGCAAAGACACCAUGGCAAAGGCGCAGCACCAAAACUUUGUCGAUGCCCUCGAGCAAGGUGAGCUGCUCAGGCCUGAGCAGCCAGGCAAUGUCAUUGCCAAAUUUGUGGCCAACCCUCUGCAUCAGCUGAGCGGACAGUAUAUCAACUGGAACUCACCUGAGCUGGCAGCUUACCAGGAGUGA